CUUUGGCGGAACUCAGCGGUCGGUUCGCAACAGCAACAACAACAACAGCAGGAUGCUCGGACAGCUGUCAGGCUGAAACUCACCGAGCUGCGGUUUAUUGACGCGUUCAUUCAGACUGCAUUGAUGCGCGGCACGCAGGCACGCGUGCACGGCGCCUGAUCGUUCUCCCGAUUCCUCGAUGCACGGGCGAAGUUUAAACUGAGGAGAGAGAUGAAUCAUCGGAGAGAGAGCAGAUCCACCGCCGCUGCUGUUGCUGCAGAGCUAACAGGCUAACGGUCACAAUGGAGAGGCUUUUAUAAACUUUAUUAACACGGGGACUCAGUGACAGCAACAGUCAGCUAACAUGAACUCACUGCUGGACUUUGAGGAGUGUGUCAAAGACUCACCUGAGUUCAGAUUGAACCUGGAUCAGUUCGAGACUGAGGUUUCCCUGCUGGAGACACACCUGGACAAGGUGAUGAAGCUGUGCGGUAAGAUGGUGGAGGCGGGACAAGCGUACAGUUCAGCCAAUCAGCUGUUCCUGAGCGGUCUGGCUGAGCUCUCCAUGUACCAGAAGACGGACAGCAUCAUCAUUACCUGUCUGAACCAGUUCAACCAGGGACUGCAGGAGAUGGUCAGCUUCCACACUAUGUUGUUCGAUCAGACUCAGAGAGCCAUCAGCCAACAGCUGACCAACCUCUGUACACAGUUCAUCCCCCAGCUGGCAGAGACCAGGAGGGAGUUUGUUCGGAUCGGAGAGGAUCUGGAAACGGCGGCGGUAAAAAAUGCUCAGGUGUCUCGCCACAAAGCCGGUGAUGCUGAGAGGGCAAGUCACCUGCUGCUCGCCACACGCAAAUGCUACCAACACUUCGCCCUGGACUACUGCCUGCAGCUUAACACUUUCAAGACUCAACAGAAGGUUGACAUCUUAAACUCAGUUUUCUCCUUCGUACACGCUCAGUUCACGUUCUUCCACCAAGGCUUCGACCUGCUCAGAGACCUGGAGCCCACCAUGAAGAGCAUGGCAGCACAGCUGUCCCAGCUGUCAGCAGACUGUGCAACCGAAAGAAAAGACCUGGAGAACAAACACCUGCUGGUGCAGCAGAGAGAUGCUUCAGGUGAGCCUAUGGUCAGCCCGUGUCCUGGGAGCGAUGACAUCAUCCAGGGUUACCUGUUUAAGCGGUCUAGGAGGAAAUCCAAAACCUGGAAGAGGUGCUGGUUCUCCAUCAGAGACAACCAGCUCAUUUACAGGAAGUCACACAAGGAGAAUGCUGUGGUUCUGUUUGAGGAUCUCAGACUGUGUGCUGUGAAAUCCCUGGAGCACAUCGACCGACGCUUCUGCUUCGAGCUGCUCUCCGUCCAGAAGUGCUGUGCUCUGCAGGCUGACUCGGAACAGCUGAAGCAGGCCUGGCUCAGUGCUCUGCAGGGUAGCAUCGACCUCGCCUACAGAGAGAGAGCCGGCACGCCGCUCACACAGCCUAAAGAGCUGCCCUCUCUCCAGUGUGUUGGGGACAACCCUCCGGGCCCCCCCACUCAGAGGCCAGCAGCCCUGGGCAUGGCCCUGAGGGGCCCUGGGAACCAGCGGUGCUGUGACUGUGGGGAGGAGGAGCCUCGCUGGGCCUCCAUCAACCUGGGAGUCACCAUGUGCAUCGAGUGUUCUGGCAUACACAGGAGCCUGGGUGUUCACCUGUCGAAGGUGAGAUCUCUCACUCUGGACUCAUGGGAGGCCGAGCAGCUGAAGCUUCUGUGUGUUUUGGGAAAUAAUGUGAUGAACCGGAUUUACGAGGCUCGAUCUUCAGAGGAGGGACGAGUUAAACCCACAGCAGACAGCCCACGAGCAGAGAAGGAGAUGUGGAUCAAAGAGAAGUAUGUGGAGAAGAGAUUUGUGCAGAGCAGCAGCUCAGAUGGAGCUCAGCAUCAUAAAGAUGAAGCGGGGCUGCAUCUGUAUCAGGCAGCAGUGGCAGGAGACCUGGUUGCCAUGGCAGCAGCGUUGGCUGUAGGGGCGGAGGUCAACAACAGCAUUGGUGAGGAGGAGGGACGAACAGCGCUGAUUGGAGCCGCUAUCGGGGGGUCGCUGUUGGCCUGUGAGUUCCUGCUGCUGAAUGGCGCCAACGUCAACCACCGAGACCUGAGGGGACGGGGAGCACUGCACUCUGCCGCCACUGCUGGACACACUGGACAGGUGUGUCUACUGUUGAAAAGAGGAGCCAAUCAGUACGCUGUGGACGAGAGAGGACAGGACCCAUUGGCCAUUGCCAUGGAAACAGCCCACGCUGACAUUGUCACACUACUGCGGAUGGCCAGGAUGAAUGAAGAGAUGAGAGAUUCAGAGGGAGUUUUUGGAGCAGUGGGAGACGAUGAGACGUUUCAGGACAUCUUCCGUGACUUCAGCGACAUGGCCUCACAUGACCCGGAGAAACUCAGCAGGCGGCAGUUCAGACGGGGGGGAGAGGAGGCCGAGGAGGAUGAGGGGGGCAGAGGGAGAAGAGGAGGAGGAGCAGGAGAAGUGGCGAACAGCCAGGACAGUGUUGAAAAGACGUCAGAAUGACAUAAACCCGUCGGACUCUCUGUGGAGUCCUGCUCCAAAACCAGGUUUCAUUUAACAUGUAGAGUUUACUGACAGCUGGAGUCUAAAACUGUGUUGAACUCAUAAGAUAACAUAAUAUAAUGUAGUAUACUCUUUAUAAAGACACUGUAAGUGCACAUAGUUUACUUCAUGUACAGUUACUGUGGUUGGAAAAGUGUUACCAGUGUUCAGGAAGAGGAGGAGGAGGAACCACGACUGCAGCUAAUGUCUGUUUUCAUUAUCACUUCAUCUGCACAUUUUCUUAAUUAAUCGUUUGGUCUUUAAAACAGAAAUUUAACCACAGUUUAAUUUAAAGCUCCAUAUUUUCCUCUUCUUCUGUGUUUUAUUUGAAGUCUUGAUCUAUAAGAAGAUAUAUUUGUGGUUUUAAGAACCAAAACCCAUCUCAGUGUAGUUUCACAUCUCCUCUCUCAGGCUUCUCUCUGGAGCUCUAGUAACAACAGGUCGGUGAGCCAAUCAGAAGAGAGGAGAAGCCGUACACAUUCAGUUCUAUUUGAAGAUAUGAUGGGCCCAGCUCCUCCUGCAGCUCCUCCAUGUAGCUGCUGGGCCACCUCAGUAGCAGCGUCUUAUUUCAGGGUUCAGUUUCCAAUGGUUGACGAGGCCCAGGUCCAACAGUAACGCCCCAAGCAGCUGGAGGGUCACACUUGUUGGUCAGACCAGACUGAAACAUGUCAACAUUCAAGGAUUAAUCCCACUGACUUUUCCACUGUCAGGCUUACAUGUGGUUCUUAGUGAAAUCAUCAUCAGGUCAACAUUUGUCCAGUACUUUUACUAUAUAGACGACAUUACAGAGCAUAAAUACAUGAAUGGAUAUUGGUGAAAAAAAUCUCGACCAUAAUAACAUAACAGGGUUUGAUUUCAUGAUGGUUUUAAGGAUUAUAACUGUAAUGAAUGAAAUACCUUCAAAGAUCUACCACAUUUUCCACUGAGGAUUCAAACACAGUCCCAUUCUUCAGUCUUCAGUGGAGCUGAAGGUUUUAACUUGUAUUUGAUGUGUGUUCUCUAACCUGUGCUCAGAAAGGGAUUUUAAAUGUAGCUGCUGUUACAUGUGAGACUGAAUUAUUGUUGUUCUUUAACAAUUUUAGACACUUUAUCAAAGAGUUUUACCGCUACACAAACGUCUGAGACUGAAUGUAAAUGUUUGAAUGAAUUAGGACUGAAGUGGCCGAACUGACUGUAAUGACAAAAAUCAACUGCCACACUGCUGCUGUUACAUAACAUCAUGUUUUAUUGGAAAAUAUUAAAACCUGCUGAAAACACUGCAUCAAUUCAGUCAAGUCCUGAAGAUUCAGGGAAACAUUUACUUCCACACUGUUACUAAUAUGAUGCUACAGCUUAAUAAAAUGUCUUAAUACAUGUU